CAGAGCUUGACGCUACGUAGAAAACCACCACAAUCACCAUUCAAGAAAAGAGAGGAUGAUCUUUUAAACGAAAGAUCUCAUCCUCCCUUUCAAAACCCAUAUUUCCAAUUUCCCAAAAAAACAAACCAAUUGCCUUCCUUCCACCACCUGAAUUCCGCUUCUUCAAUUCCUCUGUUUUUUUCUCUCCAUUUCUCGGUUCCCCUGUUCAUCUCAGGAACAAACAAUGGCAUUGAACGUGGCUCACCGAACUGGAACUCUACACGGAUCCCAGCUCAUAGUAGAAACUGUGGCCUCAGCAGCAUACGAAACAAUCACCUCCGUCUUCCUAAAACCCCCCAAUCAGGGCACAAUCAAUUGCAGGGACCGAAGGAUCGACGGCGGAGGCUCGCGUACAAUUACGCGUCAGGCACACGUGGAGACGUCGCCCGCCGUGGUAGCGGAGGUUGAGGCCGAGGAAUCGAUGGUGCAUCAGGAGGGAGGCAGAUCAAGCAACAAGGACGGGCGGAAGAACAAUCACCACAAUGGGGUUCCGGUGUUCGUGAUGAUGCCACUCGACAGCGUGACGCCAAGCAACGCCAUGAAUCGGAAGAAGGCGAUGGGUAUGAGCUUGCAAGCACUGAAGAGCGCCGGCGUGGAAGGGAUUAUGGUUGACGUCUGGUGGGGCUUGGUGGAGGGAGACGCACCGAGGAUUUACAAUUGGGGCGGUUAUUCAGAGCUCAUGGAGAUGGCGGGUGGAAUCGGGCUGAAGGUCCAGGCCGUCAUGUCGUUUCACCAGUGCGGUGGCAAUGUCGGCGACUCCUGCAAUAUUUCUUUGCCUAAGUGGGUCGUGGAAGAGAUGAAUAAUGAUCAAGAUCUUGCUUAUACGGAUCAAUGGGGUAGGAGGAACUUCGAGUACUUGUCGCUCGGGUCCGAUACUCUUCCGGUCUUGAAAGGUCGAUCACCUCUGCAAUGUUAUACAGAGUUCAUGGUUGCAUUCAGGGACAAUUUUCAGCAUCUUAUCGGUGAUACAAUUGUGCAGGAAAUUCAAGUGGGGAUGGGUCCAGCCGGUGAGCUAAGGUACCCUUCGUAUCCAGAGCAGGAUGGGACAUGGAAAUUCCCUGGAAUUGGUGCUUUUCAAUGUUAUGAUAAGUACAUGCUCAACAGCUUAAAAGCCGCAGCAGAGGCCGCCGAGAAAUCGACAUGGGGCAACUCGGGACCAACAGACGCUGGACAAUACAACAACUGGCCAGAGGACACCCAAUUCUUCCGCAAGGAGAAUGGCGGCUGGAACACUCCUUAUGGUGAAUUCUUCCUCAACUGGUACUCCCAAAUGCUGCUGGACCACGGCGAGCGGAUCCUCUCCUCCACGACCUCCAUCUUCAACUCCGUCGGUGCCAAGAUCUCGGCGAAAGUCGCGGGGAUCCACUGGCACUACGACACCCAGUCCCACGCCCCAGAGCUCACUGCAGGCUACUACAACACCCGGACCCACGACGGCUACCUCCCAAUCGCCCGGAUGUUCGCCCGCCACAACGUCGUCUUCAACUUCACCUGCAUCGAGAUGCGGGACCAUGAACAGCCCAGCGAGGCGCUGUGCGCGCCCGAGAAGCUGGUGAGGCAGGUGGCCUUGGCGACUAAAGGGGCGAAAGUGGCACUUGCAGGGGAGAAUGCCCUACCACGAUAUGAUGAGUAUGCUCACGAGCAGAUUCUGCAGUCAUCGUUGCUGAACAUUGGCGAGAUUGGUGGUCACGGUGAUAGGGAGAUGUGCGCGUUCACGUACUUGAGGAUGAACCCGACAUUGUUCGAGACAGAGAAUUGGAGGCGGUUUGCUGGGCUGGUGAAGAAGAUGAAGGAAGGUAAGAGCGGUGUUGAUCGAUGCAAGGAGCAAAUGGAGAGGGAAGCUGAACACUUUGUGCACAUUAGCGAGCCGCUCGUGCUUCAAGAGGCGGUCGCUACUGCUUGUGUGCCUUAGUUGUUUGAGAGUACUACUGUGCCAGUUUUGGGGAGCAAGAAAAAUUCAUCAAGUUGUGGAUAUAUCCCAUGAGAACUGGUUUUAUUUAUACUCUUAGUCUGUUUGGCUUUUGUAUAUGAAAAAUAGGGAGCAUAUGUAUAUUUGCUAAGUUAUUUCAGUGCUGUAAAAAAGAAAGUGUAUCUAAGCGGCCGUUGAAUUCUUGCUCCCUGGCCCUGGGAAAACGGGAAGACUAAGUACAUAAGUAUGUACAGAUUGUAGUGAUUUUCUUGAUAUAAUUAAAACACACAACCUUAUUGUUAUGGAUAAUGUUCAGUUGGUUCUUCGCU